UGGAUCAGUUGGUUCCUCGGGAUCAAGGGCAACGAGUACCUCUGCCGCGUGCCCAUCGACUACAUUCAGGAGACGUUCAACCAGAUGGGCCUGGAGUACUUCACCGAGACACUGCAAGUGAUCCUGAAUCCGGUGUUCGACAGAUCCUUGGACUGGGUCUUCGGCGAUGAGGAGAAGUGGUACGGCAUGAUCCCUGCCCGAUACAUCAUGUCGGAG